GAAGAGAGCAGUUCUUUGCUUUCCUCCCUCCUCACUAAUCGAAUCUCAACUUGCAUCAUCGCUUGAUAUGAAUGACAACUAUCAGCUGAACAGAAUGGCGACUUUGGAUGACAACAACAACGCUCCAGGUGGUGUGAUCAGUUACAUUGGUUCAAAUGGAUCUUCCCCAAGUCGCACCAGUCCCAUUUCUUUGUGUGGCAAUGACAGUUUGAAUGGCAGUUGCCAACUGUCGUCCCAUCCAGCGUUUCCCAAUUACUUCCCACCUUCGCCCACUGGAUCUCUGGUGCAAGAUUCUGGACGUCUCUACGGGGGUGGUUCGGCUGGACUUUGUGAUGAUGCCUCCCCAUCGUCGUCUUCCUCCUCUUCCUACAGCUCUGGAGGUUCUCCAGUGGGACUCCAAGUGACCUUGGAUGAUGGGAGGCAUGUCUCCCCUAUCAAAAGCACCAGCAGCAGCAUCACGAAACUCAAUGGGAUGGUCCUUCUAUGUAAAGUUUGUGGUGAUGUUGCUUCCGGCUUCCAUUAUGGCGUCCAUGCCUGUGAAGGCUGCAAGGGUUUCUUUCGGCGCAGCAUUCAGCAGAACAUCCAAUACAAAAAGUGCCUGAAAAACGAGACUUGCAGCAUUGUCCGCAUCAACCGGAAUCGUUGCCAGCAGUGUCGCUUUAAGAAGUGUCUGAGGGUUGGCAUGUCUCGUGAUGCUGUACGAUUUGGGCGCAUCCCCAAGCGUGAGAAGCAAAGGAUGCUGGCUGAGAUGCAGAGUGCAAUGAACAUGGCUAAUAACCAACUGAGCGCACAGUGCCUCCCUGAGAAUCUGCCCACAGGACAUCCACAGUCCAGUACUCUCUUGCUGGGCCAUCAGCCUCAACUGGCACCUUCUUCCCCACCUUCCCGUGUAGCCUCCCCACCCCACACAUUUCCUUGCUUCUCCCAGUUUUCUCAGCAGUUGACACCUCCACGAUCCCCAAGCCCUGGAGAUGUCAUGGAGGAUGUCAUCGCACAAGUGGCUAAAGCCCACAAAGAGAUUUUUGUUUAUGCCCAUGACAAACUGGCCACGGGGCCCCACCCACCCACAGGGAGUAACAGUUCUCCUAGUUGGGACAACAACUGGUUGAUCAAUGGCUAUCACACCAGUGGGCUGCAUCUUCAAAAUGACAACUGGAACACUGGCUCUGCCUCUAGCCCUGCUUGUCACCAGAAUAUCAAUGGACAUAGGUUUUGUCUCUCUGGGGAAACAGACCUCUCCCUUAGGCAAGGCGAAACCAGAGUCUUGGCGUGCCCAAUGAAUUAUCAUCCUCAUGGUUACAGUGGCCGCACAGUUCAGGAGAUUUGGGAGGAUUUCUCACUGAGUUUUGUGUCAGCUGUACGAGAAGUUGUGGAAUUUGCUAAACACAUUCCGGGAUUUCGGGAGCUGUCACAACAUGACCAAGUCUCACUGCUCAAAGCUGGCACAUUUGAGGUGCUAAUGGUUCGGUUCGCCUCCCUUUUCAAUGUCAAGGAGCAGACUAUAACAUUCACGAGUCACACAAAGUACAACCUUGAAGAGUUGUGGGGGAUGGGCAUGGAUGACUUGUUAACAUCCAUGUUUGAGUUCAGUGAGAAGCUUAGUGCCUUGCAACUAUCUGAAGAAGAACUGGGCCUCUUCACAGCAGUGGUGCUGAUCUCUGCAGAUCGCUCAGGCAUUGAGAACCCAGCAUCAGUGGAGCAGCUACAGGAAACACUGAUCCGGGCGCUGCGAGCCCUCAUCCUCAAGAAUCACCCCCAGGAAACAUCCCGCUUUACUAAACUGCUCUUGAAACUGCCUGAUUUACGCACCCUCAACAUGCACUCUGAAAAGCUGCUCUCCUUCCGCAUUGAUGCUCAGUAGAAGAUAGCGCAGGCAGAAAUACUGCGAGUCCAGGCUCCUGACCAAUUAUCCUUGCUUUAUUGCACUAACCAGACUAUUUUGGGCCUGGAUAUAGCUAUUUAUGUGGGGGUAGCAGCUGCUCCUCCUGCCUGCUCAGAAAUAAACAGCACAACCGCCUUUGUAAAUACAUCUGUGUAUAUUGGAACUGUGUGAAGAGAAUAUCCCUCUUCCUGGCUAUGGUGCCAAUUUCAGGAGAAAAAUAUAAUGAAAGCAAACUGUCUGGAUGGUUGUCUUCCUCUUUUUGUUCAUUUCUUGCUCUCCUAAGUUGAAACUAUGGUGGGGAUUGGGAUCAAGUGUGGCAUGAUCCUUUGGCUGCUACCAGAAGGAAAACAAGUCUUAGAUAUAGGCAGGUAACUGGAGCCCCAUUUGUUUUUUCUAGGAAGGGUGAUGUGGCAUGAAGUCCUGUAAAAACCACUAGGUGAACAGGCUCACCUGCCUUAUUGUUUCCUUAAAAUGUUCCAUCUUUUAAGUUUUCCUUUCUGGUGUAGGAGACCUAUGAAACCCUUUGUGAUAGAUGCCACUUCCAGGCAAACUAAUUUUGAAAUAAUACCCCGUUAGUAGGAAUGCAAGAGAACUAAACCACCUUCUUUGAAAUACUCCUGUCUAGCAAAAAGAAAAAGAAAAAAGGAAUAAACCAUCAUCCAUCCUCAGAUUAAAUUGAAAUAAAAUGAGGCAAUGAUGGCAGUUGGCCUCUUUUUCCACAUCCUGAAUUCUUGGUGAACUUUCUGUGUGUAGUGGAACUGAGGUUGUACUCGUUAAGGGAAGCUUGAUGGGUAAAAUGAUAGAACAACUGUAGAACAAUUUCAGCCCAACCCUGUACUCAGUUUUGGCAGUUAAAAGAAAGGAUGUUAUACCAGC